CGAGCGCUGUGAGGCCGGGAUGGCCCGCUGGCCGCCCCGGGACGACCCGCGGGCAGCGCUGCUUCUCUCCGCUGCCUCAGACACCUGCACCCGGGCUGUCUCCCGAGCAGCGUUCCACGGGUCCCUUGGAGAGUCGAACCUAUUGUUUCAUGUAGCGGGGCCUCUGUGGUUCAGUAAUUGCUACUUGAUUUGACACUCGCUUGAUUUUGUGUGCUGUGGCUGUUGGAGUUCCCUAGUGAACCACCUCUUGCUGUGAAGAUAAUUCUGUGCACCCAGCCUGACAUGUUUGUAUUUCCACUGCAAGGAGUGUCAUGUAAAAACAACGUUUUCAUGUGAAAACAGAAAAUGGCUUCAAGAGGAACAACAGAGACCAGUAAACUAAAACAAAACUUGGAGGAGCAGUUGGACAGAUUAAUGCAGCAACUUCAAGAUCUGGAAGAAUGCAGAGAGGAGCUGGACGCAGACGAGUACGAAGAGACCAAAAAAGAAACUCUAGAGCAGCUGAGUGAGUUCAAUGACUCCCUGAAGAAGAUUAUGUCUGGAGAUAUGACUUUGGUGGAUGAGCUCAGUGGCAUGCAACUGGCAAUACAAGCAGCCAUCAGCCAAGCAUUUAAGACUCCUGAAGUGAUUAGAAUGUUUGCAAAGAAGCAGCCGAGGCAAUUGAGGACAAGGCUGGCAGAGAUGGACAGAGACUUAAUGGUUGGGAAGUUGCCACGAGACCUGUACACCCAACAGAAACUGGAAAUCCUGACUGCCCUCAGAAAGCUUGGUGAGAAGCUCACUGGUGAUGAUGAGAUGUUCUUGUCAACAAAUGCUGGUACAGCCCUGAGCCAGUUUGAGAGAGUCUCCACUGACCUUGGAUCAGGAGACAAAGUCUUUGCUCUUGCAAGUGUUGAAGUAGAAAAGGCAAAGCAAUGAAGAGGUUCGUGAGGCUUGUGUCUCCAGUUAUCAGCAAUAUUGGAUUUUGGUCAUACUGCAUUUGAUUUUUCUAUUUCUAACAUGUUGAAAAAAAGCAAAGCAAAACAAAAACCCAAGCCCUAAAUCUCUUGGGUCCUUAACCAGAAGAUAUGAAGUAAACAGCCUUAAGUGCACUUUGGAACCUUGGUGUCUGUACCCUUUAAGUAAUACAAGCUCUGAGGCUGAACACUAAGUGGAACUCUAAAACAAAAGCAUGGUAUGACUGUCUUUGGAAAGAGUCAGCUGUUUUGAACUUUUCUGAAUGUGUAUUUCUCUAACUAUUAAAACUUAAUCUUUUUGCA